AUGCCCACUGCUAAAUAUUUGUCUGAAUAUUUCGCGAUAGAUAUUUUAUUGAGAUUAUUUUUAUUUUCAUUGUACGGUGUGUUUCAAUUAAUUCCUCCUUUUAAACGUGUUAUUCAUCCUGAAGAAGUUUGGCUGUACAAAAAUCCAGUAACGGCCAGUUAUUGUCCAAUAAAAAUAUUAUGGGAAAUUGUAGUUGUGACGCCUUCAGCAACUAUAUUUGCCAAUUACAUUUUCAGUAAAAACAGAAUAGAUUUAAUUCAAGCAUUCCUUGCUUUUUCUUUAACUCUUUGUCUAAAUGGAGCUCUUACAAAUAUUUUAAAAGUAGUCGUGGGUAGACCUCGUCCAGACUACUAUUACAGAUGUUUUCCUACAGGAGAAGGGCAUCCGCAAAUUGAAUUUUGCACUGGUGAUAUUAAUGUAGUGCAUGAAGGGUUAAAAAGUUUUCCUAGUGGUCAUUCUUCGAUUGCAUUUGCUAGUUUAGGAUUUUUAUCAUUGUACUUAGCUGGAAAAAUGCAUUUAUUUGCCCCUAGUGGAAAAGGGUCAACUUGGAAAUUACUACUAUUUUUGUGCCCUUUAUUUUCAGCUUCUUUGGUUGCCAUAAGUCGUUUAUGUGAUUAUCAUCAUCAUUGGCAAGAUGUAUUGUGUGGGUCCAUUCUUGGCUUUACUAUUUGUUGGCUUUGUUACCAUAAUUAUUAUCCAUCCCUUCAAGAUGAGCAUUGCCAUUUGCCUUGGGUUCAAAUAAAUAAAAAACAAAUUAAAGAAUUGACAGUUAAAGAUAUUUGA